GUGACGUCAUAAGGCUGCGCCGCGCUCCGUCUGUGAUUCAGCUGAAGAAAAAAUUGACUUUACACGGACUUUAAAGAAGAGAGUGAAAACAUGAAGAUUGAAGAAACAUUCAGAGUCAAACAUGAAGAUACUGAGGAACAAACAAAGAUGGCGUUUAUUAAAGAGGAGAGUGAAGACAUGAAGAUUGAAGAAUCAUUCAUAGUCAAACAUGAAGACAGUGAGGAAAAAACAGACCUGAUGGUACUGAAAAAGGAGAGUCAAGAACUAAAUGAAGGUGAACAGAAAAAUCAGUAUGAGACGCACCAUGAUUUCAUGACUGGUGAAAAACCCAGACAAACUGAAAAGAUUUCCUCACGAAAAAGAGCUCAGAAGACCAAACCUAACAGUUCUAAUCGAAGACUAAAACAAAACCUUGAAACCCACAAGAGUGUUCACGCUGGAGAGAAGAUGUUUGCAUGUGAUCAGUGUGGAAAGAGUUUCUCAGACAUGAAAUGCCUUGAAGUGCAUGUAAUAAGUCACUCCGUAGAGAAACCUUUCAUGUGCCACCAGUGUGGAAAGACUUUCAAAUUCAAUAAAUACCUUACGACUCACAUGAGAGUUCACACAGAAGAGAAGCCUUUCACCUGCAAACAGUGUGGAAAGAGCUUCUCGCAAAAAGUAAAUCUCAACACUCACUUGAAAGUUCACACUGGAGAGAAACCGUUCACAUGUGAUCAGUGUGAAAAGAGUUUCAUUCGUAAAGGAGCUCUUAAUACCCACAUGAGAAUUCACACUGGAGAGAGACCUUACAACUGCAAAAUGUGUGGGAAGAGUUUCUCAUUUAAAGGAAAUCUUAAGACUCACUUGAGAAUUCACACUGGGGAGAAGCCGUUCACAUGUGAUCAGUGUGGAAAGAGUUUCAGAUGUAAAGAAACACUUGAUUGCCACAUGAAUAUUCACUUAAGGGAAAACUGUUUUAUAUGUCAUCAGUGUGGAAGGAGUUUUACAGACAGAAAUCAUCUUGAGAUUCAUGUAACGACUCACACUGGAGAGAAGCCUAACAUGUGCCAUCACUGUGGAAAGAGUUUCACAAAACAAGCACACCUUCAGACUCACAUGAGAGUUCACUCUAGAGAGAAGCCAUUCACCUGCCAUCAUUGUGGAAAGAGUUUAAAAUUUAAAGGAAACUUCAACAGUCAUAUGAGGUUGCAUGUGUAAAAUUUAUUCUGCCAUUACAUUUAGAGAUGCACCUGCAAAGUCAUGAAGGAGUUUUAAAUGACAUAAAAUUGGUAGUGAUUGCAAGACCUGAAUUGAGUGUGUCAGAUAAGGAUAAGGGAGACACAAAAUGUGCAGUGCAUGGGGUCCUCCAGGACAGGUUUGAAAACACCUCAAAGAAAAAAUGACUAUGAUCGGGUUUUUUGUUUGUUUGUUGGUUUUUGUUUCGUUUCAGUGAAGCUUAGCUUCCAUCGGAAUUAACUGAAUAUACUUGCUUUGCUCCACUCACUCUGUGCCGUAAAGCAUAUGUCUUCAACCCUGCUUCCCCCGCCUGUUGCAUGAAGCUAGAUGAACAAAUUCAGAGUAGGUUUAGGGUUGACAAAACGAACCAAAUCCAACUUGGUUUAGAUCAGGGGCCUGUACCAUGAAGCCGGAUUAGCUGGCUAGCCAGGUAAGUUUCAGUUUAGUUUGCACCAAUCCUGGGUUUUAGGUACCAUGAAAGUGGCUUGGCUUUUAGCUGUGUUCAUUGCCAUAGUAACUUACACUCCACAGCUAGCCUGCUCCAGGGCAGGUUAUGUUCUGAGUUAGAGAUCUCAAACUGAAAUUGGACCAAUCAGAUGUGAGCGAAGUGACACAUGUCUGACACAAAAAAGUCACUCCCCCAGUUUCUCUUGCUCCAAAUUAAAGGUCACUUGUACUAAAAAAAAUUGUCUGGCCAAAACGAAAAAUUUAGCUAUUUACAUGAAUUAUAUGAUUUAUAUUAUAAUGAAUCCAUUACUCACAAGCAAUUUUAGUUUAACAGUUAUUAUAAAUCAUUUAUUUUAAAUGAAUGUUAAUAUAUACAGAUCAUAUAUAAUAUAAAUAAGCUGUAGAAUCAAUAGAUAACACUUUAAAAAUGACAUGUUCGAGUCUCUAUCGUUGUAUAUUUCCAACUAAAUUAACUUAAGUUUCACUUGUGACUGCACUGAUUAAGCAAGAUAAUUUCUUUUAUUUGUCCUCUUUCACGAAUAAGUACUAUUUUCAUUGUAAAUGCAUUUAAAUUCAUCUCAUUCUUCAACCUCUUAACCUUCAGCAAAACCUUUAACCAAGGCUCGUGAUUGGCUGUUUGCCAGUGAUGUCACACAUUCAUGUGCACGUGCUCCACUAACUCAAGAUCAAAGCCUGAGUUGUAGUGAUGGAAACUUUAGCCGCUUUUCCACCCAAAUUACCUGGAACAAUUUGUUCCAGGAACUUUUUUUUACCCCAGACCUGUUGAUGUUUCCAUUGUGGUCUAAAGUACCGAGAAAAAUAGGCAAAAAUAGUCUGCGUGCGUUUCUCAAUACCAAGUACGCAAAUUUUGGACUUGCGUCCUCUGUAGUUCUGACUUCGCGAGUUCGACUUGGGAGUGUGAGCUCCUGCGGACGGGACGGCGCAAGUCCGGUAAUUCUGAAAAGAGCAGCGUACUUGAUAACAUCAGUCAGCUCGCCUCGGCAACUGCAAUUUUCCUCACUGUAUUUCGUUUUCAUUUAAACAUAGUAAUAGCCGCGGAAAUGUAGUUCAGGGAAUGUACAUUACAAUGAAACAAAAUAUUAUAUCAAACAGCAUUGCCUCUUUUCAUUUUCAUUUUAGAUUUACCCAAAGCGAAUUAUAGCUCAUGUUUAACCACUACAGAGACAUCAGAGCCAGAGGUUAUGCUGCUCUCAGUGGGUUACAUGAGCACUGAGCGCCCAGUGAUCGCGUGGAGCUCACGUCUCCGAAAUCGCCGAAGCAGAUUUUCAAAUAGGCGCUGUCUUUAUAAAUAAACUGCAGAUUUGAGUUUUCAACAACUACAUUCUUGCCAGAAAUACUUUUAAAACUACAUUUCAUGACACAAUAAUAGUUAUGAAUAUACAACUGUGCACUGUACAUGCACAGUAAUGCGCUUUGCAUCUGCUUUCUGCUGAUUGCUGAAUGAGACUGACUCAAAUAACCGACCACAUUCGUUCACAAACGACAUGUAGUUCGUUCAAUACGUUCAUGAACGAGAUCUCUCUCGUGAAUGAACCAGUUGUUUAUCGAUAAUGAUGGCGAACAAAGGUCGGCUCGGGUUUGGCAUAUUUACAGCAGAAAUGUACACUUUUUCAUCUCAAUGGUAAAGUGUAAAUUUCUUUCUUUGCUGAAAAUAUGCCAAACUACACGAGUCGAGCUCUACUGGUUCUUUUCAUUCACAAAUUAGAUGUACCAGUUCAUUCAACUCGUUCACGAACGAGAUCUCUCUCUCGUUCAGACUCAAAAGCAAAUCGGUCAGUGAAAGGGCGUAUUCGUUCACUACAUUCAACAAAUCACAUGCUCCAUCUCAUACUCGAAGGCUAUUGGCUCGAGGUUUUUUCAUUCUUUGACAGGAUGAAACCGUCCACAGAGCUAAUAGCGCCACACUGCUGUGGAGGGAGGGAUUUCAGUGAACGAAGAAAUAUGAGUCAAUGGAUUACGAGAACGAUUCGUUCACCUAAAAGAUUUGUUCAAAAAGAACGAUUCGUUCACGAAUGUAACAUCACUACUGAGUUGACAAAAGAAAGUUGAUGAUCAGCAUCAUGGUACCAACAAAGCCAGAUUGGAGUGGUUUGGUUUUGUCGACUCGAAACUAAUCCUGUAACUCUGAAUUUGUUCAUCUACCAUCAUGGUACAGGCCCCAGAUUCAGAGGGCUCACAACAGUCAAUAGGUCUGUAAAUGUUUUGCCAUCUCAGCAUUUGAUCCAGAGUAUGUGAUUAAAUCUGGAGCACAGGCACCUGAAAGUCACGCGGAACAUGGAGAGCGUCAAUUUGAUUCUCUUUUUCCCCUGAAGAUUAAGAGAUAUUGUUAUUAAAAAUGUAAUUGUGACAUUCUGCCUGUGUAUGCUUUUGUUUUAAUGGACUUUUAGUUUGUAUUUCCUUUGUUCCAUUUUCCUGCCAGACAUUAGUCACUGUGGCUAUUCUUUAAUUAGUCUCAUUAACUGGUCAUCUUUGAGCUCAAGCCUGUGUAUUGUUUCUGUUGAGAGCUAGUGUGGUGUUCUACAUGGUGUAUCUUUGAUGCUUUUUUCUAUUGGAUUUCCUGAAUUUACUUUUGUUUAAUAAAUGAGUUUACUUUAAUAAUGUUCCUCUGCCUUCAUCUUCAUUCGACUCAAAACAUUCAUGACCAUGAAAAGUAAGAUGGAGAUCGCCUCCAUUAAUGUGGCUCCGAUGAACAAUUGUCACAGCUGUGAUAUUUAUGCCAUCUGUGACGACCAGACACUCAUGAGCUGCUUUUCCACUGUUGAGCAUUUAAAUGCUUUUAUUUACAUAAAUGCAUGGCCUAAUAGUAGUAAUGGCCUAAUGGUUAGGGAGUUGGGCUUGUAACCUGAAGGUUGCUGGUUCGAUUCUCGCACCGGCAGGAAUUGAAGGUGGGGAUUGUGAAUGAACAGCACUCUCCACCUUCGAUACCAUGACUAAGGUGCCUUGAGCAAAGCACCGAACCCCUAAGCCAAUCAUGCAAUGGCCUCCGGUCUCUUUCCUGCAUACCACCAAAACUGCAGUGUUAGCAUUGGCCCUGUUAUGCUUUUUUGGCUUAAGGUUGCAGGCUUUGGUCCAGUGGCUUUAACAACAGCAACAUGAUGCCUAAGAGAAUAUGGAUGAGAUUUUGAUCAGUGAAUCAGUGACAAGUAGUUAGAAAACAAUGCUCAAAUCUUAAAGGGUCAAGUGUUUUGUUUUUUUCUAUAAAAAAGAAAAAAAACUGACAAAAUAGAAUUAGAACAGAGAGAACUAGAGUUUCUGUAAUCUGCACCAUACUUAGUUAUGGUAAUGAUAUCUAUAGUAAUGAGCUAAAGAACAAUUCAAGAAAUAUCAUUACAAACAAUAGGGUACUUAUUAAGCUCAAAUACCCAUUAAGCACACUUCCAUUUUUGAACUCCGAUUAUAAAAAGAAAAAAUAAUUUAUUUUCCUGCUUGAUGUCUUUGAUAAGUUGAUAUGUUUGUUACUAUAUACCUCCUAUAAUUUCAAGUCAAUCAGAUCAUUGUACACUGAGAUAUGAGUCUCCAUGUGUUCACACUGUCUGGCAGCCAUUUUGAAAGCUGUCUGAAAACUUUCACCAAAAGAGGAGUCCCUUAAAUGGACAAUUUUUAGAUGUUUAAGCCUUUAUUUUGGGUAAGUUUCACUACUUACUGUAAAAUUAAGAGAUUAAUGUUCAGACUUUUGCAUAUUAUAACAUGGAACUUGAAUGUGGGAAAUAAGUACAUUUAGAUCCAAAAUAUAGUUUUAGCAACACAGCACAGUUGCUGCAGAACACAGUUAGCUGACUAGCUGUAUAAGAUUGUGUGCUACGCUAAAAUAUUACUUCACAGGCAUUACUGGCUUGUGCUUUUAAAUCCAUAAUAUUAUAAAUUGACAGUUUAUUGCUGGUCUGUGGUUUUACAGUGCUGUAAUUUUUAAAUUUUUCAUAUUAUUUUAAGGUGAGCUUAAAGGGUGCACUACUAUGAAAAUCACACAGCUUCAGUGUGACAUAAAUAAGAAAAAGUAUAAUUUCAUAGAUAUUGUUAAUAAUAGUUGUUCAUAUUAAAAUACGUGUGAACUUAAUACAUGACCUAGAUUAUUUAUUUAGCAAAAUCUUGUCAUUUUAAUAAUUAUUACAUGAAAUUUAUUAAAAAUUGUUACUGCACCAAUUAAGCUAAGUGUGCGCUAAGCUAAGUGUGUACUUUUUUUUUUUUUUUUUGAAUAUGUGUUACUUGGUUGAACGGACUAGUCUAGAUGUUGCGAUGUGCUUAAAUGACACUUCAUUAUGAAUAUACUAUAACUGAUCAAAUUGAGUGCCUUGUUGCUUGAUUUUAGUGUUCUUUUUUUUUCUUUUUUGUGAUUGACUUUGUACCUUCAAAUUAUUAUUAUUUUUUUUCAAUUAUUCUUUAAAAAGGUUGUUUAAAAUAAACAAUUUUAAAUAAAACAUUAUGUGAGCUUAAUGGGAACAGGGGUGUGCUUAAAGGGUACCCAGGUGAAAAACAAGUGCACUUUCAUAAUGUACUUAAAGUGCUCUAUUUUUGUCCCAUUACUUUAAUUGAUGGUCUUUGUUCAUGCUAAUCAGUCUCUGGGUUAAGUGUGAUGUCUGUAGGUGUGACCUUCCCUGAUCUCUGUGAUAAUGAGUGUUAUAGUUAUGCUGAUUGGAUUAGAGUUGCUGAAAAUCUGGGUAAACUCCUGUAACUGCUUACAUUCUUUAUAUUCUGAUGACCUCCUGAAAUCUGUUUAAAACUACAGUGAUUCAGUGCUUUAGUCAGUCUUGAUGACUGCAGCGUCACACAGUACCAUCUCAAUCAAGAAUCUGAUCUUCACUUCUGAGUUUACUACAGGCGUAAAGGGAUAUUGCAGGUAUUUUGUCUCAAAACUAUAACUUCAUUAAUACUGUACUUUUUUAAUACCCUGUGAAGGAUAUACUUCUACAGUUUAAGUGUUUCUAAUAAAGUGCUUAAUGCAUCUUAUAUUUAGAAACUGAACAUCAUUCACUCCUAACAAUGAUAGAUGAGGAGUAACACCUGAGUAUGCUGCCAUAUUUU